AUUUAAAUAGAGCUGACCAUUAUUGGAUUACUUUAUCAAUGGCUUUUUUAGGUUGCCAAAACGCAAAGUUUCGUUUCAUUUUCAAAUCCAACAAACAAAAAUCAUUUUGUGGAAAGCGUAAGCACCCUUCUAAUCACCUGCAAUUCUGUCUGAAGCACACUCUUCAAAUGGCUCAUUCUUCUCUGGAUGAGAUGUCAGAAUCUGGUGCUUUCAUGAGAACGCCUUCAUCUUUCCGUAAUUUGAUUUCACAAGACCCAAAUUCCCCUUUCCCUGUAGAAGCUGGAAGAUAUCAUCUAUAUAUAUCAUAUGCUUGUCCCUGGGCAUCCAGGUGCCUUGCUUAUUUGAAAAUCAAAGGGCUUGACAAAACCAUCAGCUUCUCAUCUGUCAAACCAAUAUGGGGGAGAACAAAGGAUACUGAUGAGCACAUGGGUUGGGUUUUCCCAGCUUCAGAUACGGAGGAACCAGGAGCUGAGCCUGACCACUUGAAUGGGGCAAAAAGUAUAAGAGAACUUUAUGAGUUUGCAAGUGCACAUUACUCUGGGAAAUAUACAGUUCCUGUUCUUUGGGAUAAGAAACUCAAAGCUAUUGUGAAUAACGAGAGUUCAGACAUAAUCCGCAUGUUUAAUACUGAAUUCAAUGAUAUAGCAGAGAAUGCAAGUUUAGAUCUUUAUCCUCCUCACUUGCAAGCCCAAAUAAGUGAAGUAAAUGAGUGGAUAUACGAUGCGAUAAAUAACGGUGUUUAUAAAUGUGGGUUUGCUAAGAAGCAAGGGCCUUAUGAUGAGGCUGUAACUAAAUUGUAUGAAGCUUUGGACAAGUGCGAGGAGAUACUCAGCAAGCAGCGAUAUAUAUGUGGCAACUCACUGACUGAAGCGGAUAUUCGUCUGUUUGUGACCCUUAUAAGGUUUGAUGAGGUUUAUGCGGUUCACUUCAAGUGCAACAAGAAGCUGUUGCGGGAGUACCCGAGUCUGUUCAAUUACGCCAAAGACAUUUUCCAAAUCCCUGGCAUGGGUAGCACAGUCAACACGGAACACAUCAAGAAGCACUAUUAUGGAAGCCAUCCUUCAAUUAAUCCGUUUGGAAUUAUUCCCCAAGGCCCAGAUGUUGACUUUUCCGCUCCUCAUGACAGAGAUAGGUUUUCCAAGUCGAUUUAAAAAGCCUUGCUUAGUGCACAAGGCCCGGUUGUUAUGGGGUUGAAAAAGAGUCAGAUUUUCUACGCAGUUUGUUUGUGCAAUAAUGUGAAACUAUUUUAGUAGUUUGGGUUUUAUGUGCACAAGACCCUGUUAUGGGGUCUUAGAAGAGUCAGAUUUUCUACGCAGUUUGUUUGUGCAAUAAUGUGAAACUAUUUUAGUAGUUUGAGUUUUAU